GCCCCGCCCCAGACAGCUUUCCUCCGACCCCAGUUUUCCAAAAGGACGCAGGAAAGGGAAGCGACGUCCCAGCUCGCGUGUUAACACGCGGCAGAGUGUUUCUCAACUCUCCAAGAGCACCUCGCGUCCUGGAUCGCCGCUUUCAACUCCGCGAAGUCAACAGCCCCGCAGGAAACUUGCGUUACUGCACCCGCUGCCGCAAACCCGGGGCGGUGGACCAGCCGCCGGGCUGGCUCCCACGGAAGGCGCCCCCUCCGCGGCCAGCCCGCCCUCCCCGAGGCACCCCGCGGCACCUGCGGCCUCCGGAACCAUGUCGGGCAGGUCGGUUCGAGCCGAGACCAGGAGCCGGGCCAAAGAUGAUAUCAAGAGGGUCAUGGCGGCUAUCGAGAAAGUGCGCAAAUGGGAGAAGAAGUGGGUGACCGUGGGCGACACAUCCCUGCGAAUCUACAAGUGGGUCCCUGUGACGGAGCCAAAGGUCGACGACAAAAACAAGAACAAGAAAAAGGGCAAAGAUGAGAAGUGCGGCUCCGAGGUGACCACGCCGGAGAACAGCUCCUCCCCGGGGAUGAUGGACAUGCACGAUGAUAACAGCAACCAGAGCUCCAUCGCCGAUGCCUCGCCCAUCAAGCAGGAGAACAGCAGCAACCCCAGCCCUGCGCCGGAGCCCAACUCAUCUGCGCCCGGAGACGGCACCGGCACCAAGGCCGACGAGGCCCAGGCGGAGGGGAAGGAGCUCCCCGGGGCCGAAGAGGCUUCCGACGAGCCGAACUCCCAGUCUUCAGCGGAAAACUCGAACAGCUCAGAGAAGGUCGAGCGGCAGCCGUCUGCCGAGGCGGGUCUAGCUGCAGAGGCGUCUUCAAUCUCUCAGGAUUUGGAAGGAGGGCCACCCUCCAAAAAGAUGAAACUGGAGGCUUCGCAACAAAACUCGGAAGAGAUGUAGACGUCCGCCUCCGCCUCUGGCCGCGUUUCCUGGGAGAUCCAUCCGCAGGCUUACUUCUCCAGCUUCCCCGAGCGAGACCUCGGGUUGGAACUACUAACUUUCUAAGUUUACCAAGUGCAAAUCCAAGAAAACCUAGAACGGCGCGACUUCUCGGACACUGAACUUUGUGCUGUGAAGCAAAACACUCGAAUCUUGAAGUGACUGUCCUUGUGGAGGCGGGUUGACAGCUCAGGAGUGUCAGACACUGUCUCUGAAGCCAAGAUUACGUUUGCGUUGCUGCUGUAUUGUCCCCCCACCCACCCACCCACGUCUCUCUUUAACGAUAUAAGCUAUUUGAGGGUGGUACCCAUCAGGAAUUCGCGUUUCGUCGGGGCUUGUCACUGUUCCACCGAUUCCUCCUGCUUUCUUUUUUGUGCCUUGUGCCCUUGAGGUGACCUCUGGCAUGUUUUCCUGGUUGUUUUGCAUCUCCCUUUGCAAAGUGCCCUCUCGGUUUUGUGGAGGCUGCCACUGCCCCUGCCCUCACAUCUCGCUCCUCCCUGCCCCAGGACUUCAGUGGGAACAGAGCAGGCAGGGAGGAGGAGAGCCCAAGGCUGCUGGAGAGUAGGACUUCCUUGGCCACCUGCCCAGUCUGCAAGGUCCGAGGAGUCUCAGAUGUCAGGGCACUGUGUCCCCAAGCACCAGCCACUUGAUACGCUCAUCUCCUUGGGGCAUCUGAGCCUGGUGUUUCCAAGCGUCCCAAAUGGACAUGCAGAACCCUUAGACUGUUCUGGCGCUUCCACCCUCUGCCCCCACCACUCUCUUUUUCCCAACACUGCUAAAGAUGGAAUGGCUUCUGUGGCUGAUGGCAGGAUGGGCUCACCGCGAUCAAAGGGUUGAGGAGGCGGCCAGCAGACAGCCCGAGUAGGUGCUGUUGAACUUCCUCUCCUAGGACAGGACGUUGCUUGGAUUUCAAGUCCACAGGAACCUGCUGCCCUCUGCCUCUCCAGGUCCCCCCGGCCCCACCCUGGGGGGUGGGGUGCAAGAUUGCAGUCCCGGGAAUACGCCUGCUUCUGCGUCAUGUUCCUGACCCCAUGGAGCCAACCAUUGGAUCCUGUCUCAUUCCCAGGACACCCCAUUGUGGGUCCCCAGCCAGGAGCAGGCCUUGGUGGUUCAGCCUUGGAGGCCAGAGGGAGGAGUUGGACAGUUUUGCCCACCUCCAAGCAGGGGCAGUCGGACCCCCAUCCCCAUUCCCACCUGCCCCAGGGCAGCUCCCUCUCACUGAAACAGAGCCGCCCCCUUGGACCAACCACCUAAGUGUUUGGUUCUGAGGCCCGUUGCCCUUAGUUGCUAUGGACUUGUCAGACCUUAGCCCUUCCCCUGAGCUUUCUUUACUGCACUGGAGUUCCAGCUCCCUUUGAGCUGUGUGUGGCUGGGGGGAGGGGGCGCUGUGGGGGUUUCGUUGAUGGUUUUCUGUUUCUUUUUCGUUUUUUUUUUUUGCUAAUCGGUGCAUAUUCAGGUGCCACCUGUGAUGCGGGGCGCUCUCCCCUGACCACCAUGGAAGUGUCUGCCAGGUUCCACUUUCUACGAGUUUCUGAGGGCGAGGCUCUUGCUUCAUUUUAUUUUAUUUUUUAAGAAGAGCCGAUCUAUUUCCUGCACUUCAAGAAGAAUCAAAAUGUUCCUGAAUUUCAAAUACCUCAUGCAAAAAUGUCUCCUGAAAUAAGGGAAAACAAACAAACUUUGGAAAUCUCAAUAUUGAAGUGAGCGGUGGCCGAAAGGUUUCUGUCUUAAAAAAAAAAAAAAAAAAAUCCUUGUCGGUUUGGCCCCUCGGGCAGUCAGCUCUCCGAACCAGGCUCCGGGUUACCUCUCAGCGACCCCCCCAGGCGGCUUUACCUCCAGAUCCUGUAGGGUUUGAGUCACGUUUUUCUUUGCAGCAAAACUCCAUUCUGAGGAAAGAUGAAUUUGGAUAUCUAUUUCCUGCGCUUUUUGGGAAGCGAGAGGUGACAACCAGGACAGCUGAAAGCGCAUCGCGCAUGCGCGCACACCUGUGCGCAUGCGUCCACAGACACAGCGAGUCGGCCGGGGUGCCCUGUGCCCCUUCUGUUGGCCUGUCCAGACAGGCAAGGGGAGUCAACGCCAUCCACGAAGCUGAGGCUGUCGUUCGUUUUUCUCUGAAGUGCCUGAAGGUAGGGACGGGCAGGUGGUCGGACAGACUGGGCCCCGCCAAGGCCACACCGGGCCAAGCGCCAGCAGCCCGCACUUGACACUGGCCGAGAAGGCCUUCCAUGGUGAACAAUGAUACUGCAAAAAUCCAGAUGUGCUUCCUUCCCCGCAGCCCGCUCCUCUGAGCCGCUGGCCCCCCGGCGCCCCCCCCCCCCCCGCCGCCUCCCCGCGCCCGCGCCCUCUCCCACCGCAGAAGCUAAGACCUUGCAGCUGGCCGAGCCAGGGCGGGGGUCCCAAGCCAAUGCCUUCCGUGGACACCAGGCCCCAUGGCCUUAAGGGCUCCCAGGGCAAACUUACUCCCCCCGAGAAACUUGAAGCUGGGGACGCUGCGGCUACACAUUCCACAAAGUGCUGGCACUUAACACCCAUAACCCGGAAGGCAGUUGACCGACUCAUAGGGUGGUGACCUCCUGUUACAAAUGACGUCAUGGUUUGGAAUGUUCAUUACGGCCAAGGACCUGGUUAGAGGUAUAAAGACUUUUUCACAUUAUCUAAUUUUUUUUCCUUUUAUGGGUUUUUUUUUUUUUGGUGUGUUGUACAGCAGUAUAAUUUUUCACUUAUUUAUUCCAUCGGUAGAUAUGGUUUGUACAAUGUACAAUGGUUCCAUUUCAGAAAAUAAAAAACUUUCAGAUCAUGAACAAAGCCC